UUCAAUGGAGGGUUUAGAAAUGGGAAUCUAGGUUUUUUCUUACUUCUUUCCCUGUUCCUGCUCUGACGAGAGAAGAUCAUAGCAUAUAUACAGAGACCAAUGAGAUAAGAAUUAAUGUUUCAGACAAGGGAGAAUGGGGAAAGGAGAGAAGGAAGAGAGAGGUUAGUAGCGGUGGCGGUGGACAGGGACAAAUCCAGCCAACGUGCUCUCAAAUGGACUGUUGAAAAUUUCAUCACCCGAGGCCAAACUGUGAGGCUUGUCCAUGUUAUCCCCAGACCACCUUUCAAUCCCAAUCCAGUUGGGAUUGAUGACGCAGUUGCUGAACGACAGCUUGAUAAUCAAACCAUGGACUUAUUCCUUCCAUUCCGAUGCUAUUGUACGCGUAGACAAAUACAAUGUGAAGCAAUUGUACUGGAGGAUCCAGAUGUAGCAAAAGCGCUUAUUGAGUACGUUGCCCAACGUGGAAUCCAAACUCUGUUGCUUGGUGCAACAUCAAAGAUUGGACUUUCCAGAUUAUUCAAGGCUACAGAUAUUCCUGCAAGUGUACUAAAAUGGGCACCAGAUUUCUGCAACAUAUAUGUCAUUGCGAAAGGAAAGGUUGCUGCCUUACGAUCUGCCACUCGUCCGGUCCCCAUUAUUCGAGCAGAUGGAUCAUCAGCACGACUUGAGCUCCAAAACUUGAAUAAUGAGGCACCCUCAGUCAUAUCACUCUCCAGAGAAAACGAUGGAUUAUUCUAUGAUGAGCUUGCAGCACUUGAGAAUGACACCUCAUGUUCAAGCUCCGACGGCUCCUUUCUUUCUUUCUACCAAAGCCUGGGCUCUAGUCCCAAUCAGCACAAUGUGGAGCCUUGCAGGUGCCCAAGAUUCUCGGAUGUUGGAACACCAUCAUCUUCUUUAGGAUGUGCAGAGGACACAAAUGAAGAAAUACGAAGAUUAAGGACAGAGCUGAAGCAAACGAUGGAUAUGUACCAUGCAGCCUGCAGAGAAGCAUUAGCAGCCAAACAGAAGGUGAAGGAACUUCAAGAAUGGAGGAGAAGAGAAGAGAAGAGAGGAAGAAAGGCGGCAUUGGAAGCUACUGAAGCAGCUCAGAAAUUUGUUGAGUUAGAGGUGCAGAAAAGGGUGGAAGCAGAAACGAAAGCACUUAGAGAAGCGGAGGAAAGAGAAAGGCUUCUACAUGCUUUAGGCCACUCCCAUAUGGUUGUCAAGUACCAAAGCUUAUUCCAUAUAUUAGCUGUUCUAUUUUUAUUCUAUUUCUACUUUUCUAUAUAAUUAAAAUGAAUAUUUCUUUAGAGAAAUAUGAUCAUUUCUGUAAAAAAACUUGAUCAAUUUUAGUGUUA